AGGAAACAGCCGGGGAGUAGUCAAACAGUAAACGAUCACAGGGAAAGAGAGGGAGGGGGGGUUAAAGGAGAGAGGAUCGAGAAGUCAGGUUCAACUGGGCUUUCGCCCUCUCAAGACAGUUAUGUUCUUGUCUCCGUGGUCGCUUCCUCUCAGGUGUCCGCUUCCCGGUCGCUGAAUGGCGCUGGUUACCGUGCAGCGUUCACCGACCCCCAGCACCAGCUCCAGCCCCUGCGUUUCGGAGUCGGGUAGCGGGGAGGAUGACCGCCGCUCUCAGCCGAGGAGCAUCAGUGAAAGUUUCCUGACCGUUAAAGGAGCUGCUCUCUUCUUACCUCGAGGAAAUGGCUCCUCUCCUUCCUCUGCCUCCCGUUUCUCACAGCUGCGCAGUAAACAUGCAGGAGACAUCCAGCAACAUCUACAAACCAUGUUUACUCUCCUCAGACCAGAGGACAACAUCAAACUGGCGGUUCGAUUGGAGAGCGCCCAUGCUCAGGUCACCCGCUACAUGGUGGUGGUCUCAACCAAUGGUCGUCAGGACACAGAGGAGAGCGUGGUGCUAGGAAUGGAUUUUAGUCCAGUAGACGGCUCGUGUUCUGUAGGGCUGGUUUUGCCCCUGUGGAGCGACACCUUAAUACAUCUAGAUGGAGAUGGGGGUUUCAGUGUAUCAACUGAUAACAGGGUGCAUGUAUUCAAGCCCGUUUCUGUGCAGGCCAUGUGGUCAGCCCUCCAGUCACUCCAUAAAGCCUGCGAGGUGGCUCGUUGUCACAACUACUUCCCAGGAAGCUUGUUCCUCACCUGGGUCAGCUACUAUCAGAGCCGGGUCUCCUCCGACCAGGCCCGCAUCAAUGAGUGGAACGCCAUGCAGGAUGUGCAGUCACACCGUGCUGACUCUCCCGUGCUCUUCUCCGACGUACCUACAGAAAGGGAGCUGACUGAACGUCAGAUCAAAGCCAGUUUGCGAGAAAUCAUGACACAGAAAGAUCUUGAGAAUGUAACCUGUAAAGAGAUCCGAACAGAGCUGGAAAUGCACAUGACAUGCAACCUGCGAGAGUUCAAGGAGUUCAUAGACAAUGAGAUGAUUAUCAUUCUGGGCCAGAUGGACAGUCCUACAGAGAUCUUUGAUCAUGUCUUCUUGGGAUCUGAGUGGAAUGCAUCCAAUCUGGAGGAGUUACAGAAGAGUGGAGUUCAUUACAUCCUGAAUGUAACAAGGGAGAUUGAUAAUUUCUUUCCCGGGGUGUUUGAGUACCACAACAUUCGUGUGUAUGACGAGGAGGCCACUGACCUGCUGGCCUAUUGGAAUGACACCUACAAGUUUAUAUCUAGAGCCAAGAAAUCUGGGUCUAAGUGCCUGGUGCACUGUAAAAUGGGCAUCAGUCGGUCUGCAGCCACAGUGAUUGCAUAUGCCAUGAAGGAGUACGGCUGGGAUUUGAAAAAAGCCUUUGAUUACGUCAAGGAGCGUCGAACUAUUACCAAACCCAACCCCUCUUUUAUGAGACAGCUGGAAGAGUAUCAGGGAAUACUCAUGGCCAGCAAGCAGAGGCACAACAAACUGUGGCGCUCUCACUCCGAUAGUGAUCUGUCUGAACACCAUGAGCCACUUUCCAAAUCUUAUGCCCAGCCCCACAACCUGGGCCGCUCAGAUCCCCACAACCAAGCCAGCAGCAUAUCUGGUCCCUCUGUGAAAGAACUGCUGGAAUCACUGGGAUCAUCUAGCAGCAAAGCAACACACUCCACUAGCCAACCGGACACGGGCAUCCAUUCCAAUCAGCUUAGCUCUUCUUCCUUUAAGGGUGUGGCAGCUACAUCAGGCCAUGCUGAAGCUUCUCGUUCUGCUUUAGCUCGGAGCAGCCGGCAGGGCCGCCCUUGUUCUGACUCCACAGCUGGUUCUGUGUCUCUGUUAGCUCCUCUGCUCUCCAAUGGCUUAGAUGACUCUGGGAAUCGGCCCACAUUACCUCCUCUCUCUCAGCCAAGGGCCGCCACUGUGGUGCCUGAGCCUCCAAAGACCGAUAUGGUUACUGUUGCACAAAGUGUUUUGGUGGGCCAGCCUCAUCCACCUCCCUCCCUUCACCACCUCCCCCACUCUCCUGGUCCAUCUCCAGAUCCAGCCGAUGGAGUUAUAAAGCCACAGGUGUUGUCCUGCUCUCCACCUGUUGGAAAACCAGUGCUUGUGUCAGUGCCUGAGCCCAUCGCAACACAAACCCCAAGCACAAAACAGGCUGGACCUGACGCUCUCUCUACCCCAGUGCUUGUCAAAAAACCAGACUGUGACCAACAGACACAUGGCUCAUCUUUGAACAAUUUGGCAACCAGUCCUCCCUCCACCAAUGAUUUUAUCACUUAUCCUAGUGCCAUUCCACAUGAAAAUGUCUUGGUGUUCGGCCACAGUGCAGACCACAUUAACUUUUUCAGUGCCAGGGAAAAGUUUAAGGGGAUGAGUCAAGAUGGGAAAACUCAGUGUACUGCAGCGCAGCAGUUGCACCAGCUGAAGAGUUGUGGCAAAGAAAACCAGCCACCACUGCAGGAGGACUCCACCAGUGAGGGCAAUGAUGAGGAGAAAAGAGAGGAAAUGCCUGUGCAGGUCACAGGUCUGAAGGCCAAAGAGACUUCACCUCUUGGCUCUCUUAGCCAAACUGAACCUCAAGGUCCCCAGGACCAGGAAGUGAGGACGCUGAGGCAGGAAAUGGAAGACAGAGAUGUUUUGUCACACAAAGAGCCCGGAGAUGUAAAAACAGAACUGAAAGAGGACGAGGAGGAAGAGGAGGCCCCUGCUUGUCUGUAUAGUGACUGGACCCGAGGGUCGGUGCGGCGUGUUACACAACAGCUGGAGAAAAGAAUGAAACAGGAGCAUGAGACUUCACCACUCUCCUCUUCACCACCUGCUCUCUCUGGCAGUACCUCCAACUCUCACCGGCGUCCACUCAGCAGCCAUUCUUCAACAUUGUCUACUUCCCAGGAUGCAUCAGUUUGCUCACAGGUGUCUGCAGUUCGCACGGUGCUCAAAGAGCAGGAAAAGGAAGAUGGGGAGUCUGGACCAGCUGAAAACCAGCAUGCUCAUGUAGCUGCAGUGGGGUCCUUUGGGAAUAAUGAAAAAAGCACAAAAGGACACAAACUCCGGCCUGCUGAUACUAGAUUGCUCUCUACCUCUUCUACAUUCCACCAAUCUCCCCAUUCUCCCUUUGCCUCUGUGAACUUCCUAUGUCUGGAGGGUGUGACCAAGCUCGAAUCAGGCACAGACUGGGACUGUCCUACAGAGGGACCCCACAGUGACAUUUUCAUGAGUGAGACGUGGGAGACUUUGUGUGAGCUGAGUGCCUUCCUGCAGCAGGUGAGCAUGGCUGGAAAGUCUAAAGCCAAUUGUGUGGGUCAGGUGCAGAAGCGAGGUAGCAGUAUCCAGAAGAGGGUUCGAGAGGUGGAGGCAAGGAUUCGUCAGGCAGGGCUGACCCCGCCAAGCCUGAUGAAGCGCUCAGCCUCUCUGGCUAAACUGGGCUGUUUGGAGCUGCUCGCCAAUGACUUGAAUGACUGGGAGCUUAGCCGCUCCACUGUAGCUUCACCCUCGACACAACACCCGGUCCACGCAGCCAGUGACGAAUCCAAGAAACAGCGAGUCCACAACUCUCCUUCCUCAGCUAGCCAGCAGUCAGCUAUCCUUGAGGUAACUUCUGAGAGGCUUCCUAAAGCUGGAGAAACCUCCUCAGGAGUGUCUGUACCAUCAAAUCAGAAUCCUCCGAGAGGAAAACCCUUAAACUCUGGCCAAGAAUCUCUGCACUCGCCUGGGCCAACCCUUCUGACAGCAAGGACGCAAUAUGGAAGGACUCACCCCCUGAGACGGCUUGAGAAGAGAACUGUUAGCACCCUUUACCACACCAUGUAACCCUCAUCAGGUGUGUGUCUGUGUAUGUGUGCAUGAGAGAAAGAGAGCGAUAAUGCUCGAAAUGAAAAUCAAGUGCAUAUUUUGGAUUUAUUCGGCAACACGAGCCGAUGCCUCUUGCCUUAAUGGAUGUGUUUGGUAGUUUCUUUUUCCCUCCAAGCCUCUGUAAAAAUCUGUGAUAUGUGAAACCGGCCUCAGCACGGGAAAGGUGACGAGGCUGCGAGAGUCCCAGUUAAAUGAAAUUGAAAGGAACACUGAGAAGAAGUAACUUUAAAAAGCAGCAAAAAAAAAAAGGAAAAAAAAAAAAAAAAAAAAAA